AUGGAGUCCCCUCUUGGUUAUGCGUUAACAUUAUUCUUUGCUGGUUAUUUGUUUUUCUUCCUCUCUUCUCCUUCACCAGCCAAUGCAUCAGCCCAAUUGGUCGAUGGUGUAUGCCAAAAAUCCAUAAAUAAUACUGAGUGCAUGGAAGUUCUGCACUCUGAUCCUCGAGUAAAAUCGGCAUCCACUUACAUACUUCUUGCUCAAGUCGCCCUCGACCUAGCCAUAGGGAAUGCAAAAGAUAGCCAAGCAUUCAUCAACAAUUUGCUCAAGAGUGAUCCGACGGAGCCUAUUAAACAAUGUGCUUCUUCAUACGAGUUAGUGGUGGCUUCAUUCCAAAGCGCCAAAGUUGAGAUAUACGAGGAUCCUUUGACGGCCAACUAUGAUGUCAAAAUUGCGGGCGAUGAUGCGGGUAACUGCGAAACUGCCUUAAGUUCUAAAGGAGUUAAAUAUCCUGAAUUAUCUGCUAGAAACCAUGUUGUACUGUUAUAUAGUAGUAUUGGGGAUGUAAUCACUGGUCAGAUUGAUUGA